AUGACAUCGAUGACUGGAACACCCCAGCCUUACUCGGGAUACGCCUCUCCGAUCACGGCCACUUCGUUCUUAACUUCUCUUCCUGGUCCCACGUCUAAGGUCUCACCAAAACAGAAACCGGUCAACGUAUUCUCAGACGAUGGAUCCUUUUUGGAAAGAUUCCAGAGGAGCAAGAAGGAGGGGGAGGAUAAACGGAGAGCUGAGGAGGCACUCGCGAGGCAAGUUGAUCGCUUUUUUCGUUGCUUGAAAUCUCAUCGUGUUUGUGCUUCUGCAGGAAGAGGCAAUUUGAUGAGAGAUUUUUUGAUCGGUACCCUUUGCCAGAGAAAACGGGGCAAGCGUCCUCAACUUGAAACUUCUUCUGCACUCACCCAAGGAAAUCCUGCAAAGAAAUUCAAGGCCUAUGGUGAUUCCUUAUUUGAAUUCGACUGUUUUAAUAGGUAUCUUCGCAACUUCAAGUUUAGCCAUACGCUGAAGAUGAGUUAUCCCACUGCUGUCCUCCGCAUUGACAUCAAAGCGGCUCAACUUGCACGAAGUUAUUGUCGACUUGCUCGGCACCAAGUCGGCAAUCUGAUUACGGCGGAACAACAUAUUUGCGGGCUCAGAUUACCUCCAAAUGGAUGCCACGAACUACCGUCAGGUAACACAGGCCCGUCGGUUCAGAACUCCAAGGACAGGAUGUCGGUAAAAAUAGGCACCUCGACCUCCCAAGUCAUCGUCAUCCGAGUCAGUCCUGAUCAUACUCGGGCACACCAUGACUUUGCGUGGAUGGAUGGUUGCUCUGAUCUUGGAGAGUCGAUACCGCCGGUGUUGUUGCAGCCGCCGUUCUUGAAGCCUCCACACGGGCUAGAGUCUUCGGAUCCGUAA